AUGUGGAACAACUCAGAUGUGUUCAGCAGCUUGGCCCACAGCCGGGAGGCAGCCCAGCUCAGAUCAGAGGGUGUUGCAGGAAACCCUGUCCUGGCAGGAGGCAUCCUGAUAGGUACCUCCCUGCUGGGCCUCCUCACCAUCAUCUGGGCCUUCUGGUACCAACGCAGCAGUCUCAGUGUUUUUACAAGAGCUGGAAACUGGUGGGAAACCAACAUCAGCAAAGGCAACAACCACAGCAACAACCGUGGCAGCAGCCACAGCAACUACAGCAACAGCAGUGGCAGCAACAACAGCAACCAUGGCAGCAACAACAGCAACAACCAUGGCAGCAACAACCAUGGCAGCAACAACAGCAACCACAGAAACCCUGUCCUGGCAGGAGGCAUCCUGGUGGUCACCUCCCUGCUGGGCCUCCUCACCAUCAUCUGGGCCUUCUGGUACCAACGCAGCAGUCUCAGUGUUUUUAAAGGAGCCUGCCUCAUGUCCUUCACCUGCCGGCAAAUCAACGUCUUAAGUGUUGAGGCCGUCCACAGCUCUGUCAUUACUCUGCUCUCCAUGGAUGCUGUGAAUCUGAUCGCAGCAAUGAUCUUAGGAACUGAGUAUAUUCGAUCAGGCUGCUAUAAUUCCAUCACCUUGCCUCAGCAGUACCGCUUCAUCAAUAUCUCCCUGAGCUGGCACGAGGCUCAGAGGUUCUGCAGGGUUAAGUUCGCCGACCUGGCCACUGUGAACAACAUGGACGACAAAAACAAGCUGGUCAACGCACUGCGCGGACGUGUGACCUCCACCUGGAUCGGGCUUCACACAGGAGCCAGCUACAGGUGGAUGUGGGCCGAUGGCAGCGGCAGAGUGGGCUUCACCAAGUGGAACGACGGGGAACCAAACCACGCUUCAGCCGAUGAAUGGUGCGCAGAGACGUCUUCCACAGGCACAUGGAAUGAUGCUUCGUGUGCAGAGGAAAAAAACUUUGUGUGUUACGAGCGUCAACACAACGGUAAGCCAAAGUUUGUGUUUUACUCGGAGCAGAAAAGCUGGGAGAGCAGUCUGGAGCUGUGCCGAGACAAGCACACUGACAUGGCCUACGCAAGGACGGAGGAGGAGAACUCAGAGAUUAUGAAUAUGGUGAAAACAUGGACAGGCUUUUUCGGGGUGCACAACACAGCGGAGUCGGCAGGGACGCUGGGUCGCAUCAAACUGUAA